AUGAAAACGAUCGCUUUCUCUCUCAUUCUACUCAUUGUUUUGUGUGUGGCUCAAAAAGAUGAUGACGAUCCAGAUUAUCGACCGGCUUUUCUUCAUAGGACUAGGGGUGCUUCCAUUGAAAAACAUCGAAUCGGUGUUCAACUCCCAGCAAAUCGAUCACGAAGAGACACAUCUGAUGAAGUGAACGAUGGACCUGGGGGAGCGUUUGAGGUGAAAGAUUCAACGGAUGGUCAAGAAGGAGACGAUUCUCUCGUUGAAUUGGGAGAUGGUCGAUAUGGAGACUCGGAUGGACAAGGACAGGAAAGAAGCGGGCGACUUAGGAGAAUGCUCUUUUCUGAUAGCCAAGAAUCACGCCGUUUCCCAGCUCACCGUCGUCCAUUCGGCAUCAAGAAUCAUUGCAAGAUUGACAAGAAGGGAAAGAGGAAAUGUUUUUUACGAGAUCCAGAUGAUCAAACAAUGAAAUCGGUGAAAGCACGAGGAAGAAGAGCUUUAUCUCAGCCAAUCUCAGACAUUCAACUUGAAAAUAAUCAAGAAUUUGAUGAAAAGUUGAAAGAUUUGAAGCAAUGGAAAUACAGAAAAGGACAAGAAGAUGAGGAUGAAAAGACUAGCGAUAUGGUCAUUAAACGCCGAAGGACGUUUCGUCGAAGGUGUCAAAUUGAAGGGAUAAAUGGAAGACGACGUUGUUUCCCCCGACCAGAGCGCCAGCUAGAGAGCCCGAAGAAAGAAAACCGUGAACACCGCAAAAGAAACCCUGAUCGACAGCUU